GCUGCAACUCAGCUACGUGCAGAGGAAACCUUUCGACAAACAGACCAAUUUCCUCCUACAUUUCAGAACAACUGAAAACAGCAGGUAGGGGAGGUGAGAAGGUGCAGGAAGCAUGUGGGCAAGCCUCAGGCUGCUCCUCGCUCUCUGCCUGCUCCAGGGGGGCAGAGCAGAGAGCGAGGGGAGCGGAGGCCCGCGCUGUCAGCCGCCACCUGACUGGAGGAUCGGUUUGGAGGAGCCCAUGAGGGCAGCAAUGGGCCGGGUGACGGUAGUGGCCCUUUUACAGGCCAGCUGACUGUUCUGCUUGGUGCAGGCAUCCAGAAUGGAUAGCCUGCGCCUGCAGAUGGAGAGUCUGGGCUUGAAGGAGGUGACGUACAUGGUCAUCAACCAUCAGGGGACGCAAGCACAACAGCUUCAUCCCAUGCUAGAGACCAGAGUGUCAAAGAACAUUGCACUCUAUAAACAGGAAGAGCACCAGCCGGACGUGUGGCAGCUUCUGAACGGAGUCAAGGAUGACUUUUUCAUCUAUGACAGAUGUGGACGCCUUACACACCAGAUUUCACUGCCAUAUUCCAUCAUUGGCCAGGGCCACAUCAAGAGGGCCAUCAAGGAAACGUACUGCAAGCGCUUAUGUGGUGCCUGCACAUAUGAGAGUGCUGAAAUCCCACCAGAGUGUCAAGUUAAUACAGAAGAGAGUCCUGAUGCAAUUCCGGCAGCAGACGAAGAACCUGGGCAUCAUGCGCAACAACAUCAGCAUCACCACCACCAUCAUCAGCAUGCGCACCACGGGCACGACACAAGUGCGGGUCAUCAUCAAGGAAACUACCCGGUGCAACACCUAAGUCAGCACAGUGUAGGGCAACAUGCUCAUGAGGGUCACUUGCAGGCAAUGCCUCAGGAGGCACAGGGAGCACCAGUGAUGCAGCAGCCGUGAGCCCCUGCGAAGUCAAGGUGAAGGCACAAGCACAGCUGACAUUGGACAGCCGGUUCUGACAACCUCUCCGCUCCGGCAGCUAGCUGAUGCUGACACUGACGGAGGCUGAUCGGCGAGGCGAGCGAGCUAAGCCUGUGACACUGUCAAGAGGCGUUACCCGCCACGUGACAGUGACACGGGCCGGACGAGGCCAAUCGUGUCAGUGAGACCUGACAGUGACGCCCGUCCCAUGCUGACUGACAGCCGCCUCAGCUCGAUCAGUGAGCCUGACCACCGGGGGUCGUGAGCUGAGAAUGAGGCCAUCUGUAAAGCUGGCCAUGAUGUCAUUCUCGUAUAGGAACACCAGCUCACGUCACAUUUAGGUCGCCAUAUUCCCAAAUGGGUAUUUCCCCCCUUUUGAACUCCGCCAUCUUUUAUGAAACCAGGGGCAGAAACUACGCUCUAGUGGCAUCUGGGUGAAGUCGGGAUGACGGGGAUGGGAAAUUAGUCAUAGAGGAAUGUGACAGACCGGGUUUUCUUAAAAUUAUUAUUAUUUUUAUCUAAUUCUUUAACAGAUCAAAUAAGGACUUAGCGGUAAAUGUAAUAUAGGCAAAUGCAGUUGUCGAUUUUACAAGUCUUAAUUUGAUCUGAUUAUGAAUAAGAUUUUUUUAUUAUUAUUAUUAAUUCCAUACUACAACUCUAUACUGUAUUGCAGUGUGGGUUAAAUGAUUCUGAACACAACUUUGGUACUGUUAUUACAUAACAAUUUAGGACGUAUUUCGGCAAGACCACAAAAGCAAUUAAUGGGUGACUGUCACAGGGAAUAAAGCAGGAUAGGUUAGAUAAUAAAAGAUGGGGAAAAACCAGGCAUCUAUUUUGGAAACGAGCUAAGUAUAUGUAUAUAAGAGAGAACUAAUCUCCUGUCAACAACUUAUUUGGUAGGGUAAUGUCGCAAGAUGAGUUUAAAGAUGACUUUUUCCACCAUUCACAGCAGGGCUUCGAAUCCAACCCCUUGCAAAUUACAUUAAUUACAGUAUUUGCUUCAAAAUGAUAUGUCUUCAAAGAUCAUUGUAAACAAUCAUUUCUGAGCAAUUAUCUGAAAAUGGUUUAUUUUCUGUGAAACACCUGAUUACCACAGUCCAAGAAAUAAAAACAAAUGCAGCAUAAACCAUUAAUUACAAGCUGAAGCACAAUAGAAAUCAAAUCUUUUAUUUUUGGGGAAUUGUUGCUUCCUUUCAUUUUGCUUUGACUAUUCAAACAACAAGGACGGAACUGUUUUUUUCUUCUUCUUAGUACUACUGUACAUUAACAUGGAAAUUGCAAAUAUCCAAACAGAGCUAAAAGUCUCCACUGUCACAAAGAGGGGAUUGGAGGUCAAAUGACUUUUAAAUACACGCUCUGCUAAAUGAUGGUUUCUGUGGGAAGGUCAAAUAUCACCCAGAAAUCUGAUGCCAACACAGAGAAAUGUAUUGUAAAGUGAGAGUGGGAAUGAUAUGUGCAAGGGCAGCGGAAUAAACUUUGACUGGCUCGUU